AUGAAGAUCUCCCAAACCACCCCCAAGCUCUUUCAACCGAUGAAGGUUGGAAACACCGACCUCAAGCAUCGCAUCGUUCUCGCGCCUCUGACGCGUUUCCGCGCGGACGACAAUCAUGUACACACCGACCUUGCCAUAGAAUAUUACGCACAACGCGCAAGCAGUCCCGGAACUCUGCUCAUUACGGAGGCAACCUUCAUUGCCCCUCAAGCGGGCGGGUACCCCAACGCGCCUGGUAUCUGGAACGAUGCCCAGAUCGCGGCUUGGAAGAAGAUUACAGACGCCGUACAUGCAAAGUCAUCGUACAUCUAUGUCCAGUUGUGGGCCUUAGGCCGCGCAGCAGACCCUGAGGUCCUGAAGAAGGAAGGGCCGUAUGAUGUUGUCAGCGCGAGCGACAUCCCUCUAGAAGAGGCGGGGCAUGCGCCGGGUGGGCAUCCGCCGCGACCACUCACGGUGGAGGAGAUCAAGGAGUACGUUCAGUUGUAUGCGCAAGCUGCCAAGAAUGCUGUACAAGCUGGGUUCGAUGGUGUCGAGAUCCAUUCGGCAAAUGGAUAUCUUCUUGAUCAGUUCAUUCAGACCAACUCCAACAAUCGUACCGACGAGUAUGGCGGCUCAAUUGAGAACCGGCUGCGCUUCGUGUCCGAAGUCGUACAAGCCAUAACCACCGCCAUCGGGCACGAGCGUACCGGCAUCCGCUUGUCCCCAUGGUCGCCAUUCCAGUCGAUGCGCAUGCCCGAUCCCAUCCCGACCUUCUCUGCGCUCAUCAAGUAUCUCGCCGAUAAGCACUCAAAUCUGUCGUAUGUGCAUCUCGUGGAGCCGCGCGUCAGCGGCAACGCAGAUGCCGAAGGCAGUGACAAGGAGAGCAACGAUUUCGUCCGCCCGCUAUGGAGCCCGAGGCCGUUGAUCCUUGCGGGCAACUUCAAGAGGGAGAGCGCGAUCGAGGCGGCGGAGAAGGAGAACGUACUCAUUGCGAUGGGCAGAUAUUUUAUCUCGAACCCAGACUUGCCGAAGAGGUGGCAGGUGAAUGCGGAGUUGACGCCUUAUGACCGCCAGGUGUUCUACUCGAAGGGACCGAAGGGCUACGUGGACUGGCCGUUUUUGAGUGAUGGUGGUGAGGGAAGUAAGCUGUGA